CGUUGUCCCCUAUCCAAGAUGGCAGCGUCCAUGGCAAGGCGUUUGUGGCCUUUGGUGACUGGUCGAGGCCUCCGGCCCAGAAGUUCCAUCUACAGCCAGAGCCAAAGGAGGAAUUUCGCUACGGAGAGACGAAACCGGAGCCUUCUGUACGAGCACGCGCGUGAGGGCUACAGCGCGCUCCCGCAGCUGGCCAUGGAGCCGCUAUGCGCAUGCCCCGAAGAGGCGGCGCGUGCCCUGGAGCACCGCAAGGGAGAGAUACGGCCGGACGACCUGCCGGGGAUCAUCUCCACCUGGCAGGAACUGAGACGGCUGCGAGAGCAGAUCCAAAGCCUGGAGGAAGAGAAGGGGGCUGUAGCCGAGGCUGUGCAAGCCCUGCUGGUAAACCAGGACAACAAACAAGUGCAGCAGGACCCUCAGUAUCAGACUCUGCGGGCACAUGGUCGGGAGCUCCGGAAGCAGCUCGUGCUCCUGUACCCCAAGAAGGCCCAGCUGGAGGAGCAGUUCUACCUGCGGGCCCUGAGGCUGCCCAACCAGACCCACCCUGACGUGCCCGUCGGGGACGAGAGCCAGGCCCGUGUGCUCCACGUGGUCGGAGACAAGCCAGCUUUCUCCUUCCAACCCCGGGGCCACCUGGAAAUCGCCGAGAAACUCGACAUCAUCCGUCAGAAACGCCUGUCCCACGUGUCGGGCCACCGCUCCUACUACCUGCGCGGGGCUGGGGCCCUCCUGCAGCACGGCCUGGUCAACUUCACACUCCACAAGCUCGUCCGCCGGGGUUUCACCCCCAUGACGGUGCCAGACCUCCUCCGGGGAGCCGUGUUUGAAGGCUGUGGGAUGACACCAAAUGCCAGCCCAUCCCAGAUUUACAACAUCGACCCCUCCCGCUUUGAAGACCUCAACCUGGCGGGGACAGCAGAGGUGGGACUUGCAGGCUACUUCAUGGACCACUCGGUGGCCUUCAGGGACCUGCCAGUCAGGAUGGUUUGUUCUAGCACCUGCUACCGGGCAGAGACACACACAGGGAAGGAGCCGUGGGGGCUGUAUCGAGUACACCAUUUCACCAAGGUGGAGAUGUUCGGGGUGACUGGCCCUGGGCUGGAGCAAAGCUCAAAACUGCUGGAGGAAUUCCUGUCCCUCCAGAUGGAAAUCUUGACAGAGCUGGGCUUACACUUCCGGGUCCUGGACAUGCCCACCCAGGAGCUGGGCCUUCCCGCCUACCGCAAGUUUGACAUCGAGGCCUGGAUGCCUGGCCGCGGGUGCUUUGGUGAGGUCACCAGUGCUUCCAACUGCACGGACUUCCAGAGCCGCCGCCUGCACAUCAUGUUCCAGACGGAGGCCGGGGAGCUGCAGUUCGCGCACACGGUGAAUGCCACGGCCUGUGCUGUCCCACGUCUGCUCAUCGCCCUCCUGGAGAGCAAUCAGCAAAAGGACGGCUCGGUCCUCGUGCCCCCUGCCCUCCAGCCCUACCUGGGCACUGAGCGGAUCACGGCGCCCACCCACGUGCCCCUCCAGUACAUUGGCCCCAACCAGCCCCAGAAGCCCAGGCUCCCGGGCCAGCUGCCUUGAACCGAGAACUCACCAGCCCGCGCAUGGGCGCCGCUUCCUGGAGCUCCGGGACCCCGCACACCUGGGACCUGUCUUCCUGAGCCCGUCCUGACACCUGCAGUCCUCGGCGGGGCCAUGGCUCUGGGACCCCCUCGCCUGCUUCCCCAUGUCCUCAGUGCAGUCAGCGGCCCUGUUGUCGUGGGAAGCCCCAGCCUACACGGGGCAGUGGACGUCUGGGGACUUGAAAGUUCUGUGGAUGGAGAGGAGGCGGGGAAGAGGCCUGUGACCCUUCUUCCUCUGCCCUCCUUGGGGGUGGGGCAGGAAGUCCCCAAUAAAUGAUCAGAACAAAAGCCUUUGGGGGUCUGUGAGCAAGGGAGGUGCCU